AUCAUCAACUGGUCACGGGGGUCAAGUGUUGAAUAUUCAUAUCGUCACAGCAUAAGGCUCGUGAUCAGGACGUGACUAUGGGUAACAUUUGUUCCUGUCUACAGAAGGAAGUAGUGAAUCCGCCCGAGCUUGUUGCAGUUGAGACGAUGGUACGAGAAGGCCGAUUCCCACCGAACUCGCCCCUACGGACUGACAAACCAGACGUUGACACAGACUUUUCUGAAGAGGUGAAGGAUCUGAUCGUCAUUACUGGCGUCAAGUUUGACGUUAACGAUGACACCGUUACCCACCAUACACUCAAAUAUGAUCUCACCGACAGGCGACAAGGCAAGGAUGGGUUACUCGUCGUCCGCAGAGGUCAGCCAUUUCAGAUGACCAUUACCUGUGAUAGGCCUUAUGACCCGGAGAAGGAUGAUAUUAAACUUAUCUUUCAAACAGGUGACCAUCCCCACCCGACCAAAGGAACUCUUGAGGAGAUGAUCCUCUCAGAUGUUGACCUGCCUAAACAGUGGGGAGCCAAGUUAGUGAGAAGAACCAACAAUGACCUCCAACUACAGGUCAUGACCCCGCCAUUUUGUCCAGUAGGUCGCUGGAAUGUCAAGGUCAGAGCUGUGAAGAAAGGGGAGACACCCUCCAUUUCUAAAGUUUACAGCCAUCCACAACCGAUUUACAUCCUGUUUAACCCCUGGUGUAAAGAUGACCAGGUAUAUCUUCAUGAUGAUAAACUACUCGAGGAGUAUGUCUUGAAUGACACUGGCAAAAUAUUUGUUGGGAGUGUUGAGUACAUCAACGGACGAGCAUGGAGCUUUGCACAGUUUGAGGACCCUGUGUUGGACUGUGUCCUUGACCUUUUGGAUCAGAAAGGAUUUCCAGCGUCCAGUCGAGGUGACCCUAUUAAGGUCGUUCGUAAGCUUACUGCCCUGGUAAGUCAUUCUCUUCAGUU